AUGGCGGCGUGCGGCGGGCUGGAGCGGAGCCUGUGGGAGCUGCGGGGCCCCGAGCGGGACGCUCGGCGACGUUUCCGGGAGUUCGCCCUCAGCGCCGCCGGGACCGUGAGCGCAGUGCCUGGAGCCGGGAAAUACAGGGAGAGCGCUGGAGGCUUCUACUAUGUGGAAAGUGGCAAGUUGUUCUCCGUCACCAGAAAUAGAUUCAUUCAUUGGACCACUUCAGGAGACACUUUGGAACUGGUGGAGGAGUCGCUAGACAUCAAUCUCCUGAAUAAUGCUGUUCGUCUCAAGUUCCAAAAUUGCAGUGUCUUGCCUGGAGGAGUGCAUGUUUCCGAGACUCAAAAUCACGUAAUCAUCUUGAUUCUAACCAAUCAGACAGUGCACAGGUUGAUUUUACCCCACCCUUCCCGGAUGUACAGGAGUGAGCUGAUCACUGAGAACCAGAUGCAGUCAGUAUUCACUGAUAUUGGAAAAGUUGAAUUUAGGGAUCCUUCUAACUACCAGCUAAUACCCCCAAUUCCGGGUCUGGCACCCAGCUCCGCUGCCUCGGCGGCCUGGCUCAGCAGUGAUGGCGAGGCGCUGUUUGCUCUACCAUCUGCUUCCGGAAAAAUAUUUGUCCUUAAACUGCCGCCUCACGAUGUGCCUGGUACAGUGUCUGUUGUAGAGCUGAAACAGAGCUCAGUAAUGCAGCGGUUACUUACAGGCUGGAUGCCAACAGCUAUCAGAGGUGACCAGGGCCCUUCAGAUCGUCCCUUAAGUCUCUCUGUCCACUGUGUCGAGCACGACGCCUUUCUCUUUGCACUCUGCCAGGAUCAUAAACUUCGAAUGUGGUCCUACAAGGACCAGAUGUGUCUGAUGGUGGCCGACAUGCUGGACUUUGUUCCUGUAAAUAAGGACCUCAGGCUUGCAGCCGGCACGGGACACAAAUUGCGGCUUGCUUAUUCUCCUUCCAUGGGACUUUACCUUGGCGUGUAUAUGCACGCGCCAAAACGAGGACAGUUUUGUGUUUUCCAGUUGGUGACCACUGAAAAUAAUCGCUACAGUUUAGAUCACAUCUCCUCCCUGUUCACUUCUCAGGAGACGCUAAUCGACUUUGCCUUAACAGCCACUGACAUAUGGGCGCUCUGGCAUGAUGAUGAAAAUCAGACUGUUGUGAAAUACAUCAAUUUUGAACAUAAUGUCGCAGGACAGUGGAACCCAGUCUUUGUACAGACACUGCCAGAAGAAGAAAUCACCAUCAGAGAUGACCAAGACCCAAGAGAAACAUACCUGGAAAAUCUUUUUGCACCUGGACGAUUCACGAAUGCUGCUUUAUUCAAAGCUUUACAGAUCUUCCGUCGAGGAACUGAGAGAAAUCUGGACCUUUCCUGGGAUGAACUGAAGAAAGAAGUAACUCUAGCCGUGGAAAAUGAACUCCAGGGAAGUGUAACAGAAUAUGAAUUCUCACAGGAAGAGUUUCGACAGUUGCAGGUUGAAUUUUGGUCUAAAUUUUAUGCCUGCUGUCUUCAGUACCAAGAAGCCCUCUCUCAUCCUCUUGCAUUACAUAUGAAUCCCCACACAAACAUGGUGUGCCUUCUGAAAAAAGGGUUUCUGUCUUUCCUGGUGCCCUGCUCUCUGGUGGAUCACCUCUAUCUCUUGCCCGAUGAAAAUCUUUUGACUGAGGAUGAGAGCACCAUCUCUGAUGAUGCAGAAGUGGCUCGUGACAUGAUAUGUCUGGUUAGAUGCCUCCGACUGAUUGGGGAGUCCAUGUCUGUGGAGAUGGCACUGAUGAUGGAAAUGGCUUGCGGCCAUCUUCAGUCGCCCGAAAGGGCUGCAGAGCAAAUCCUGGAAGAUUUGAUUGCUAAUGACAUAGACAAUACAAUGGAGGAUAUUUGCAGCAAACUGCAAGAGAUUAGAAACCCAGUCCACGCCAUUGGGCUUCUUAUUCGGGAAAUGGACUACGAGACCGAAAUGGAAUUGGAGAAAGGGUUUGAUCCAGCGCUGCCUCUGAACGUUCGCAUGAGUCUUGCCCAGCUCUAUGGAAGUGGCACCACGGGGAAUGUAGUAUGCCAGAGCAUUUGCAAAAUUGCCAAUACUCGCUUUCUCAUUUGCCGAGACCUGUUGAUACUGCAGCAGCUCUUGGUUAGGUUAGGAGAUGCCGUAAUUUUGGGGGGGGCCCAGCUUUUUCAGUCUCAGCAAGAUCUACUGCAUCGUACAGCCCCUCUGCUGUUAUCAUAUUACAUCAUCAAGUGGGGUAGUCAGUGCUUGGCUUCUGAUGUUCCAGUUGACACACUGGAAUCCAAUCUGCAGCAUUUAUCAGUUCUGGAGUUGACCGACUCUGGUACCUUAACUGCACAUAAACUGGUGUCCAGCCCUCAGACAGUAGUGGAGUUAUUCUUCCAAGAAGUCGCCAGAAAACACAUCAUAACUCACCUCUUUUCCCAGCCAAAGGCCCCUCUGAGCCAAACUGGUUUGAAUUGGCCUCAGUUGGUUACCGCAGUUACCAAUUACCUCUUACAGCUCCUAUGGCCCAGCAAUUCAGGCUGUCUUUUUGCAGAAUGCUUGAUGGGAAGUUGUCAAUACACCCAGUUGCAGGAAUAUAUUCGUCUACUACAGCCCUGGUGUCAAGUGAAUGUUGGCUCCUGUCGUUUUAUGAUGGGACGGUGCUACCUUGUUAUGGGAGAGUGUCACAAGGCUCUGGAGUGUUUUUGCCAAGCUGCAUCAGAAGUUGGCAGAGAGGAAUUUUUGGAUCGAUUAAUCCGUUCAGAAGAUGGAGAGAUAGCUUCCACUCCACGGCUCCAGUAUUAUGAUAAGGUUCUGCGUUUACUAGAUGUUGUUGGUUUGCCUGAACUAGUAAUCCAGUUGGCUACAUUGGCAAUCACCGAAACAGGUGACGAUUGGAGAAGUCAGGCUACCCUGAGGACCUGCAUUUUCAAACAUCAUUUGGAUUUAGGGCAUAAUAACCAAGCGUACGAGGCUUUGACUCAGAAUCCUGAUUCCAGCAGGCAACUGGAUUGUUUGCGGCAGCUAGUGGUGGUUCUCUGCGAACGGUCCCAGCUACAGGAUCUGGUCGAGUUUCCGUAUGUGAACCUGCAUAAUGAGGUGGUGGGGAUCAUUGAAUCGCGAGCUCGAGCUGUGGAUCUGAUGACUCACAAUUACUAUGAGCUCCUGUAUGCCUUCCACAUCUAUCGCCACAACUACCGAAAGGCCGGAACCGUGAUGUUUGAGUACGGGAUGCGCCUUGGCCGUGAGGUCCGUACCCUCCGAGGCCUCGAGAAACAAGGCAACUGCUACCUGGCCGCGAUUAACUGCUUGCGGUUGAUUCGUCCGGAGUACGCCUGGAUCGUGCAGCCAGCAUCUGGGGCCGUGUAUGAGCGGCCUGGAGCUUCUCCUAAAAGGAAUCAUGAUGGAGAGUGUACAGCAGUCCCAACAAGUCGACAGAUCGAAAUCUUGGAGUUGGCGGAUUUGGAGAAAGAAUGUGCCCUAGCUCGGAUUCGCCUGACUCUGGCUCGGCAUGACCCAUCAGCUGUCGCAAUUGCAGGAAGCUCUUCAGCAGAGGAGAUGGUCACUCUGUUGGUUCAAGCUGGCCUCUUCGAUACAGCCAUCUCACUCUGCCAAACCUUUAAACUGUCUCUGACACCAAUCUUUGAGGGACUUGCUUUCAAGUGCAUUAAGUUGCAGUUUGGAGGCGAGGCAGCACAGGCAGAAGCCUGGCCCUGGUUAGCAGCUAAUCAGCUCUCUUCUGUCAUGACCACGAAGGAGUCUAGUGCAACUGAUGAAGCAUGGCGGCUUUUGUCAUCUUACCUGGAAAAGUACAAAUUCCAGAACAACCUAUACCACCACUGUGUAAUCAACAAGCUUCUUUCUCAUGGGGUGCCACUGCCUAAUUGGCUUAUAAACAGCUACAAGAAAGUGGAUGCCGCUGAGUUGCUCCGCCUGUACUUGAACUAUGACCUUCUGGAAGAGGCUGUCGAUCUGGUUUCAGAGUAUGUGGAUGCGGUGUUGGGAAAGGGUCAUCAGUACUUUGGAAUUGAGUUUCCACUCUCUGCAACAGCUCCACUGGUAUGGCUGCCGUACUCUGCUAUUGACCAGCUUCUUCAAACCCUGGGAGAAAACAGUUCCAACAGUCACAAUUUUGCACUGUACCAGAAGGUGCAUGACAAAUUGGAUGACUACCAGCAAAAAGUUGAGAAGGCGACACGGGAUUUGUUAUAUCGACGAAACUAACGCUCCGGACAAUCGGGCUCACAGAACCUCCCUUGGCCUCGUGGUUCGGGGCCGCAUGGCUUGAUACCUCACUCUUCAGGAACCCUGCACUCGAAGCUGAUUUCUGUAAUAUGUAAAUGAUGUGUACAUCGUUAAAUCUUCAUUCAGCACAGGAGUAAGCAGACGGAGGUCAAGCUGAGGCCUCGUUCUUGGCUGGUGGUACUAAUCCACUCCGAUCUCUAUUACGCAGGGUCACCUUCCUGAUGUUAAGGAAAACCAGCGUUUUAGUAUGUGUAUCUUAACCGUGCCCACACUGCCAUUUCUCCCAACAUCACACCACAUUCUGUCCAGAUAGACACACGUUGUUGGAAGAACGUUCCCUAAUUCCCCGAACGGCAGUCUAUCCAAAGUCACCGAACCGAGUGUCCGCAAUUUCUGGUUUUCCGUACCGGCUUAACGCCACCGCUUUUGUAUAUGAUUCAGAAGCUUUUGAGAGUUUAUAUUUUUUUAAACUGCCAAAGACAUUCUUUAUCCGUGAAUGAAGACCAUAUUCACCCAAGAAAAUGGGGAGGUUGGUUUGUUAUAACUGCUGAAAUCAGUCCUGAAUUCUUCAUUUUCCCAUCACUUUUGUAUUUCAAUGGAUUCUUUUUUUGUCUAAAACUGACCUGUGUAUCUUCUGUAAUGAAACCGAGGCUAAAGAUUUCGCUCUCUUUUUCCUUAAUUUAUUGGGGGGGAGGGAGGAGUUUUAAUGGCCUUUAAAAUAUGAAACUACUAGCCCAAGUCAAGACUGAUGAAUCAGAUUCUGAAGAUUAAUUUGAGGAAACUCUUAGUAUUCCUAAUGUUCCAAAUUUCCAGGUCCGUCUUUGAAAAACCCUUUCCAAAUUAAAUUUGUUGCUACGCUAUGUGAUGUUUUUGUAACCAGGCUGGGCCUGAUUAGCUGAUUAAUUUUAUAAGGGUCUUUAAUAAGCCAACUCAGAAUGUAAACUGUUCCUCAGAUUCCGAAGCAUUCAUGCUCGUAGCUUUUGGAAGAGGGGUAAGGCAGUAAAGUCUACUUUGACUUUAUUCUACAUAUUAAAACUCA